CAAAAAAGCUGCAUAAAUACUCUGCUCUCGACUUCCCAGAGACGGCUAUAGAGUUUUAGCUUCAUCUACACAAUGUCCAUGUAUCUUCUCUACGAAUCAUCUUCCGGGUACGGCCUCUUCGAGGCACACGGCCUCGAUGAGAUAGGACAGAACACAGAGGCGGUUCGAAGCUCCGUCUCGGACCUUAGUCGCUUCGGGCGUGUCAUCCAGCUCACUGCUUUCCACCCAUCCGAGUCUGCACUCGAUGCUUUAAACCAAAUCAACGCCGUCUCCGAAGGGUACAUGAGUGAUGAGCUGAGAAGCUUUCUGGAGUUGAACCUUCCGAAAGUGAAGGAAGGCAAGAAGCCCAAGUUUAGCUUAGGAGUCUCUGAGCCAAAGAUCGGAUCUUGCAUCUUUGAAGCCACGAAGAUUCCUUGCCAGAGCAAUGAGUUUGUCCAUGAGCUUCUCAGAGGUGUUCGUCAGCAUUUUGAUAGGUUCAUCAAAGACCUAAAGCCUGGUGAUUUGGAGAAAGCGCAGCUUGGGCUAGCUCACAGCUACAGCAGAGCAAAGGUGAAGUUCAAUGUCAACCGUGUGGACAACAUGGUCAUUCAAGCGAUCUUCCUGCUCGACACGCUUGAUAAGGAUAUCAACUCCUUUGCCAUGAGAGUCAGAGAAUGGUACUCGUGGCACUUCCCUGAGCUAGUGAAGAUAGUCAACGACAACUACCUUUACGCCCGAGUCUCAAAGAUGAUUGAGGACAAGUCAAAGCUCUCUGAAGAACACAUCCCUAUGCUUACCGAAGUCCUUGGGGAUGAAGACAAGGCGAGAGAAGUCGUUGAAGCUGGAAAAGCAUCUAUGGGCCAGGAUCUAUCACCACUUGAUCUGAUCAACGUCCAGACCUUUGCUCAGAGAGUGAUGGACCUAGCUGACUACAGAAAGAAGCUCUACGACUACCUCGUUGCUAAAAUGAGCGACAUUGCUCCAAACUUGGCUGCAUUGAUCGGAGACAUGGUUGGUGCUAGGCUGAUCUCGCACGCUGGGAGCCUGACGAAUCUCGCCAAGUGCCCCUCUUCAACUCUCCAGAUUCUCGGCGCUGAGAAGGCGCUUUUCAGGGCGCUGAAGACGCGUGGGAACACGCCCAAGUACGGUCUUAUAUUCCAUUCUUCGUUCAUGGGACGCGCGUCUGCUAAAAACAAGGGGCGUAUUGCUCGUUACCUCGCAAACAAGUGCUCCAUUGCUUCACGGAUUGAUUGUUUCGCUGAUAGCAGCACUACAGCUUUCGGUGAGAAACUUAGGGAACAAGUGGAGGAACGGCUAGAGUUUUAUGACAAAGGUGUUGCACCGCGUAAGAAUGUGGAUGUGAUGAAAGAAGUGAUGGAGAAUCUUGAGAAGAAAGAUGAGGGAGAAGUCAAAGCUGUGGAGGGUUCAGAGAAGAAGAAAAAGAAAGAGAAGAGGAAGGCAGAGGAGAAGGAUGAGGAAGUAGAAGAAGAAGAGGAGAAGUCAAAGAAAAAGAAGAAGAAAAGCAAAGUAGUAGAAGAGGAAGUGACAACAGAUAAUGGUAACAGCAAGAAGAAAAAGAAGAAGAAAACGAAGUCGCAAGAUGUUGAGUAGACCAAGACAAAUUUUUUUUUUUUUGGUAGUGUAGAAGUUUUUCUCCCACAUGGCAAAGCUCUCUGUUUUUUUUUUUUAAUUUAUAAACAGCUUAAAACUCAUAGCAACUUAUAUCGGAUGUUUUUAGACUAGUUGUGUCUUAAGUCUUAACAAAUGUUGUAAUCUUUUGUUGGAAAUCUUGCAAUGGAUCAUCACAUUUGGGACGUAAA